CUCCGCGACGACGGCUUCGUGGUGUGCGAGUUCACGGGCGGCACGUCGGCCAACGACCGCGACAAGCACAUCCGCACGUUCCAGAGCGGCCUCGGCAAGCGGGGCGCGCCGGCGACGGUCUUCGUCAUCACGACGCGCAGCGGCAACGUCGGCAUCACGCUCACGGCGGCGACGCGCGUCUACCUCAUGGAGCCCAUGCUCGACCCGGGCACGGAGGUCCAGGCCGCGGGCCGCAUCCACCGCCUCGGCCAGACCAAGGACGUCCUCGUCACGCGCUUCUGCUUCAAGAAUACCGUCGAGGAGGACAUCGUCAAGCUC